ACAACGGACCUACAAAGGCUACAAGGGAAGGGACUGCAUAGUGCAUGUUCUUUAUAGCACAAUGGAAAUUCCUCUCCAGUUCAGCUCAUCUUUCUAAAUGAUUUGUACUAAACUGUGUCAGAAAACCCUCUACUUCUCUCUUUUAUUAGUGAGAGGGGAAUUACAGUAGUGAACCGCUGUCCUAAACCGUCUGUAUUGAGCUUUUUGUGGUAGGGGGUGUUAAAAUAGACUCUUUGCUCGCUUUUAUCUUUGCCAAUAGCCCAAUAUCCCCAAGUUGUCUCCUGCUCUUUCUUCUCUUUUUGACCAAUGCUCAUCAGUCUCUUGGGCAUCAGAGAUCUCCUCUCCGGUAAGAACCUUCCCAUGGACGCCACAUUACUAAGCUCACCUAUAAAAACCAGCCAAAACCAUCUCACAUCUCGUCACAACUCACUCACGCAUCAGGCAUCACAAAUCACAACACGAUCGGCGAGCGAGCCAGCUUUGCCAAGGCCAUGGCCGGAGCCCUUGCCUUCGUCCUGGUCCUCCUCGCCGCCGCCGCCGGUGCCUCGACUGCGACCACGCUGACGAUCCACAACCUCUGCCCGCACCCGGUCUGGCCGCUGGUCACCCCCAACUCGGGCCUCCCCUCCAUCUCCGACAACACGGCGCGCCUCGAUCCCAACGCGCUCCUCUCACUCUCCUUCCCUUCCACCUUCUGGGCCGGCCGCGUCGCCGCGCGCACGGGCUGCGACGCCGCGGCGUCGGGGUGCUGGACGGGCGCCGCGCCGCCGGCCACCGUCGUGCAGGUCACCGUCCACGACGGCGGCAACCUGGACCGGGCCGCCUACAGCGUGAGCCUGGUGGACGGCUUCAACGUGCCCGCGGUGGUCACCCCGCACGCCGCCGCCGGCGGGCAGUGCCCGGCCCUCGGCUGCGCCGCGGACCUCAACUGCGACUGCCCGCCCGCGCAGCGCGCCGCCGAGGGCGCCGCGUGCCUCGGCCCGCCGGGCUUCUUCAAGAGCCGGUGCCCGCUCACCAGGACCACGCCCACCGACGUCGAGCCCACGCCGCAGAGCUGCCGCGCGCCCGGGGAGAUCAAGGUCGUCUUUUGCCAGGCGACCAUUGUCACUGGCGCCGCUGCCGCCGCCGCCGCCGCGGACGCCGCCGAGGCCAUGGUCAUCCGCUCCAUCGUCGCCGACAGCUAGAUCCGUUGAGGCGUCCCGCUCGAUUGGCCUAGAUGGUUUCGUGUGUGGAAUCGUUGUCAUGAAUCCUUUGAAUUUGUUCAUGUUUAGUGUUGAGUCGGGGACUUCAGCUUUGGCUUCGACGCGUGUACUCAGUACUCCUCCCGGUGUCAGUAGAAAUCAGCCCUGAGCAAAAUAAUAAUGCAAGUUCUAAACCUGAAUAUCAAUCUUUUGUCUUUACAUGCCAAA